AUGCAGAGCACAACCCCCGAGGCGAAACGGCAGUCGCAAACAGGAGCCCGGCCACGGAAGCGCCCACACACUAAUAACGAUACCAAAACAGACCCCCCCAACCCCCUUCCCCCACACAACCUGAAGGAAAGUCGCCAAAAUCAAAGCCCUCACCACGACGCCCCUCCAGCUGGGCCUAUUCCCUCCCAUGCAACGGCGCCGCGUAGCGUUCGGUCCCCGCACAGUGCCGCGUCACUCCACGUCCAAGAAGAGUCGAGCGGAGUCAGGCGACGCUGGGCGAAGUCAAACCAAGGGAAUCCAAACCAAGGGAAUCCAAACCAAGUCAAAUCAAGCAAAGCCAGGCCAAAAAAUAAAGCACAGCCAAGCGAAACCAAGCCAACCAACGCCAAGACAACUCAAGCAGACCCAAAUGACGCCAAGACAACUCAAGCAGACCCAAAGGACGCCAAGAGCACAACCCCCGAGGCGAAACGGCAGUCGCAAACAGGAGCCCGGCCACGGAAGCGCCCACACACUAAUAACGAUACCAAAACAGACCCCCCCAACCCCCUUCCCCCACACAACCUGAAGGAAAGUCGCCAAAAUCAAAGCCCUCACCACGACGCCCCUCCAGCUGGGCCUAUUCCCUCCCAUGCAACGGCGCCGCGUAGCGUUCGGUCCCCGCACAGUGCCGCGUCACUCCACGUCCAAGAAGAGUCGAGCGGAGUCAGGCGACGCUGGGCGAAGUCAAACCAAGGGAAUCCAAACCAAGGGAAUCCAAACCAAGUCAAAUCAAGCAAAGCCAGGCCAAAAAAUAAAGCACAGCCAAGCGAAACCAAGCCAACCAACGCCAAGACAACUCAAGCAGACCCAAAUGACGCCAAGACAACUCAAGCAGACCCAAAGGACGCCAAGGCAAGCCAAGCAAACCAGCCGAAGACGACGACAACCCUCUCGCCCCGGGCCAGGGCGACCGCAAGCACGACUUUAACGCGGCCCCAACCGUCGACGGACGACCCACGGCUCCCACGCCCGCCGUCUGCUACUGCCGAGAAGCGGCAGAAACAGCAGCAGCAGCAGCAGCCUCGAUGGCGCCCCAGCAAAUUAAUAAGCAGCGGCGGCUCCAUUCCCACCUCCCCCUGCGACACCUCAGCGCGUGUCGUCCGUCCCCCUGAGCCGUGGCGCGCUUUACGACCCAUAAUUCUACCCCGUGCCCACGCGGGUCCAGACCACCUGCACACACGGUUCGUGCAAACCCCCCCCAACCCCCAAGGCCUACAAAACAGAAUCCUUCCAACAGCUGACAAAAACCCUCCCGCACCCCACCAAGCCAGCCACUCAUCCAGCCAUCCACUCAUCCAGUCAUCCACGUCUAGCAACACCUCAAAUGCCCCUCCCUUUGCAGCCAUACCCUAG